AUGGUCUUUGCGCGGCUUGUGCAGGGAGGAGAAGCGAUGCCCCGACCAUUGUGCCUGCUGUUCUUCCUUCUGGUCGCCUGCACGUGGCCCCUGCCACAUCAGCAGAUAAUAAUAAUAAUAAUAAUAAUAAUAACGCAGGUGUGGGCCAAGGAGAUCGACAAGGCUCAGGACCUGCAGCAGGAGGAGACGGCCCACAUCCCGGCCGAGCAUCGUGGGGGUGGUGGCUACGAGCCUCCCGAGCCGCCGCAGCAGCGGCCGCACCACGAGGCAUCAGCGGGGCACGUGGCCGCCGUGCCAAUCAUCCCGAUACACGAUCACCAUGGUGAUCACCACGGUGACCACCAUGCGGUUGCAGCCGUGGGACCGCAGGACCCGGGUGACCCGUGGCCAUUGGGACGACCAGACAUGCCACAGAUCAAGAGCCUCAAUGUCAAGUGCGAAAAGAACCAUAUGAAGGUAUUCCUCGAGUUCGAUCGACCAUUUCAUGGCAUGAUCUUCAGCAAGGGACACUACAGCGACCCUAAGUGCGUGCACCUGCCGCCGAACACGGGACACAUCGCCGUCAACUUCGACAUAUUUCUGGGCAGCUGCGGCAUGUCCAGUAGCCAGCAGGGUGGCUACGACAACCUCGGCAGUGGCGUGUUCAUCGAAGACACCAUCAUAGUCCAAUACGACCCACAGGUGCAAGAGAUCUGGGACCAGGCGCGUCGGCUACGUUGCACUUGGUACGACUUCUAUGAGAAGGCAGUCACUUUUCGUCCCUUCAACGUCGACAUGCUGGACGCAGUGACGGCCAAUUUUCUCGGAGACAACAUCCAGUGCUGGAUGCAGAUCCAAGUGGGCAAAGGACCCUGGGCCAGCGAGGUUGCUGGCAUUGUAAAAAUAGGCCAGACCAUGACCAUGGUGCUGGCCAUCAAGGACGAUGAGAACAAGUUCGACAUGCUGGUGCGCAACUGCAUCGCGCACGAUGGCAAGCACCAGCCUAUCGUGCUGGUCGACGAAUACGGAUGCGUAGCGCGCCCCAAGAUCAUGAGCCGCUUCCAGAAGAUCAAGAAUUUCGGUGCCUCGGCGUCGGUCGUGUCAUAUGCCUACUUCCAGGCCUUCAAGUUUCCGGACUCAAUGAACGUGCACUUCCAGUGCGUCAUCCAAGUGUGUCGCUACGAGUGUCCAGAGCCCAAGUGCGAUGGGGACGCGGCACUGGGCGGCCACUACCUGCCGGCACCUCGCGACCCAUCGUCGGCGUACUCGGAGCAGAAGGCGCACUUCGUCAAGCCGUCUGAGUCGCAGAAACAGACCGUCUCUGUGACCAAAAAACAAGGCGCGGUCACUGUGUCGACUGACCCGCCAAAAGAGAAUCCGCCACCCGUAUUUUAUAACAGACAGGGUGAGCAGCUGCCAAGCGACAACGACGUGGUGCACUCGAACACGGGCUACGCAAUCGCGCACACGGGUGGCAUGCCACGCUCGCAUGACGCUCGGCGACGCCGGCGAGAGGUUGGGGCCGACGCGACCGACAUCCAGACCCAGAAGGUCAUUCAGGUGGUGGCGCCGGGAGACGUCGCCUUCAACCUGCCUACGGGAGACAACGACACCCUAGUAGAUGUGUACAGCAGCCGCUCCGCGACAGCAGACGGAAACAUUUGCAUCUCGCUCCCCGGCUUUGCUGCGGGUCUGAUCGUGCUCCUGCUUCUGCUCAUCGUAUCCAUGUUGGUAGCCUCGUUCCUCUUCGUACGCGUGCGCCACAUUGCGAACAGCAAAAACCACGACCAGAUCAUCUCCUACGACAGCCCCGAGUUCGUCAAGGUGGCCAUCACUCCACAGUGAAGACGUCACGUUUCUCGCCAGUGCUGCGAUUCUUGCGUGUUCUACGGAUGCUCCCACCGCACAAGCGUUAGCGUGGAACACGCAGGCCCAUCGCGAACGACAGGCCGUGGGGAAACGUGAGGGCUUGUGGCGUGAGUUUUGGUGUGGCACCUGCCUCAAACUGAGUAGGAAGAGCAAUGCGACUGAGCUGACUGAUCUGCUGCGAAAGUAUCACUUGGCCAGUCGCAUUUAGACUAACAUUGUCAAACAUAGCGGUGAGGAAUAGUCCCUCUUCUUGCCAUUGCCUUACGUCACGUGACUAGCAGGCAAGCAGAGCCAGCCAAAUGGUUCACGAAAGGAACGCAUAUGAGGUCACGGCAGUUUUAUUUCUUUUCCCCCUCUGUGGUGUCAAAUGCCAUACGGCCACGAGAAUAUUAUUUGCUUCGGGCAUUGCUCUCAGAAGACACUGCAUUACGAAAUGACAUUCAUCCAUUGCUGUAUGCAAUUAGGCCCUCAUCAUCGCUCUUUGCUGCAGAUAUACAAUCUUAUAGCUUACAUUACUCCCCCUUUACCCAGCUUCUACACCACGUACCUCACAAAUGUUCAUAAACAUUUUUUUUCUGAGACUAGAAGCUGAUGCAACCGUUAAAUGGGGAGCUGUGCUUUGAUACAAAAAUGGCAGAGCGAGUUGUAAUAUUCUGUGAACACAGCGUGUGAUUUUUGCAAAAUCAGUGAGAGCGUCAUAAAAAGCGAUCAUUUUCUAGAGCUUAUAAAGCAAAAUGGCUACUAGAUAUAAUGUUGUCUAAGAUGUGCGUCAUUAGCGCCGUUUUGUGCUCAGGUACGUAGGCAAAGCGUCUCGGCUGUUCUGGAAACAGCGUAGCUGCGUGCGUCAAGUUAAAGACGUCGGCUUCAGUUUCGCAGAUGCCAGAUCUUCAUGCAUUCAGGAGAAUAUUAGUCAUCCAUUGACUCCCACGCGCCGACGUAUGC